AUGCGUUACUCUAUUCUCUUCACUGCGGCGACAGCAGCCGUUUUAUCGGCUGCGGCACCAGCAUCUAGUGAGAAUGACCAAGAGAUCUCCCCCAGUCAAGUCCAAUGCGCACCCUUGCCUUCUCCCUUCCCGACCUGGCAACAACUCCCACUCCAGUCCUCGCUCCCUGACCCCUUUUUACCGUUAAAGUACACCACCACCGACAACGCCGCCGGUUCCUCGACCUUUGCCCGCGAUGUCAUGACCGGCAACGCCCCCAACCGCAUCAAGUCCCGUGCUGAGUGGUACCAGUGCCGCCAACCCGAGAUCCUCCAGCUCCUCCAAGAAUACCAAUUCGGGUACUACCCCGACCCAACCCAGGAAAAGGUCGAAGCCACCCGGUCAGGCACGACCCUGCAAAUCACCGUCACGGGUCCCCAAAACAAACGCGGCUCCUUCAAGGCCACCAUCCAGCUGCCCUCCGGAGCGAGCAGCUCCCAUCCGGCGCCCGUCGUGAUCAACAUAGGCGGCAUGCAAAACCAGCCCUACCUCCAAGCCGGCAUCGCCGUCGCCCAGUUCGACUACACCACCGUGGCCCCCGACAGCAACUCAAAGACGGGAGCCUUUUGGAGCAUCUACAACGGCCGCGACAUUGGCGUCCUGACCGCCUGGGCCUGGGGCUUCCACCGCACCCUCGACGCGAUCCAGCUCAUUGUCCCAGAGAUCGACCCCUACCGCGUCGGUGUGACUGGCUGCUCCCGUCUGGGGAAAGCCGCCCUGGUCGCGGGGCUGUUUGACAAGCGCAUCACCGUCACCAUGCCCAUGUCUUCUGGCGUUCAGGGGCUGGGACCGUACCGGUACUUUACGCUGUCCGGGCAGGGGGAGAACCUCGAGAACAGCAAGCAGGGUGCCGGGUGGUGGUCGAAUUCCAAGCUGGGGAGUUUUAUGAACCACCACGAGAACCUGCCCUUUGACGCGCACACCAUUGCCGCUGCCAUCGCUCCGCGGGCGUUGAUUAUAGACCAGGGAACGGGCGACCAGUUUGUGAACAGCAAAGGGACGGCAACCGUCAUUUUCCCAGCGGCCAAGGUGGUGUAUGACUGGCUUGGGGCGGGGGACAAGAUUGGAAUCAAUGUCAGGAGCGGAGGACAUUGUGAUAUGAGCGGGUUUAACGGGAUCCUGCCCUUUGUGCAAAAGAUCUUUUUCAACACCACCACCACCAGAAACUUUCACAGCCUGGGCACCUACAACACCCCCCUGGCCACAUCGUACCCUUGGGCAACUGCCGUUCCGCAGGCGUAGGCUGGGAAAUUCAAGAUAGCUAUAGCAUCAUCACUCUCUGCACGAUAAACAUCAUGAAUCCAAUUAUUUGAGAAGAAAAUCAAUGGUAUACGCUGCUUUCAAAUCAUUACACCCAUUUAAAUCAUAUCCAACCAUAAACACAAUAAGCAAUCAUGUACAACCCGCUCUACGAACGUAUCAGCAAGAGUUGAGUGGGCAGGCAAUCUGUGUGCCCUUGACUGCUCCGUCGACGCCGGCCAGCGUAAGGACAGCGCCGACAACACCACCAAGGCCCUCGCCGGCAAUGAAACCUGUUUGAACAACACAGUCAGUCACAUGUUAUGAAACCAAACACUAAAAAUAACUCACCAGCUGCCACAGCAUAGCCGUAAAUGUCCCAUGUGCGCAUGUUGUACUUCCUCCACAGCGCGGCGAUGAUGGCACCGAGUAACGCAGCGUUGGCAAACACCGGGGCGGGGAUGACCCAGGAGAGGGCGAUGGCACCCCAGUUGGGCAGCCACUUGCGGUACUUUUCACGCUCGCCCACCAGGUAAAAAUGACGGAAGACGACCUGCGCAACAGACAAGAUACCCAUGGCAAUGGCAAACAUGCCGCUGCUAAAGGGAAUCUUGACGUUGGGGUCCGUGACAGCCUCGGCCACGGCAGCCCAGGCGGACACGGAGGGGACGUCGAAAGCGCAGUUCUCACCCUCGGCCUCACCUUUCCAGAUGCAGGGGUAGGCCGACGUGAAGAGGACAAACAGACCUGGUGCGAGCCACACCGAGACGAAACUGCCGAUGCAUUGUCCAACCCACUGCUUGAUGGGCGAUGUGCCGAUCAAGAAACCGGUUCUGAAAUCGCCGACAAGGGCGGCAGCCACAUCAGCACCGCCAGACGCGAUACCACCGGCCACCAAGUUGAGCUUCUGGGCAUGCUUGAUGCUGAAACCACCUCCCGAAGUGGCAGCACCAAAGACGAGCUGCGAGGCCUUGGCGGCAGCCGUCAGGGGGGUCGUGUCGGUAACAGCGCCGAUCUGGAUGGCGAGGAACGAGAAGAGGAAGGCAAGCAGGAUGGCCAACAGGGUAAGACCGGGGUUCAUCUCCCACUGGAAGUGGAAGAUGAUCAUGGAGAUGACGACCGUCACGAGAAGGCCAACGAGCCACAUCCAGUUCUUAACCUGUUGCUCUGGUGGGAAAGGGUCCUCAACCAUGCUCUCGCUCCUGACCUUGGGUGCGCCGUGCUUGGCGAAGAAGUUGCUGGACUUGCCACGCUUGACCAACAUUCCGUUGAUGCCACCGCAGCCCUGGUUCCAGAUGGUGCUGACGCCGCUCCAAAUGACCUUGUACUGGACAAAGAGCUCGGCCAUGGACGAGCACACCAUGACCAUGACACCGGGCCAGAGAAGCCAGUAUCGAGGAGAGGGCGUAACCGUGCCGAGGUUCCUGAGGGAGGCAAAACUGUAGUAAGAGUCCCACUGGGGAUCCUCAGACAGCUGGAUGCCGAUGCAUUCACCGUAGUGCACGAGCAGGGGACCAAUAAGACCCCAGGCAAUGACGGCACCGGCAAACAUGGAAAUGGCGGGGUUGAGACCGAUCAAGAUGCCGGAACCGAUAAAGGCCGGGGUCCAUUCAAAAUACCAGCCCCAGGAUUCAAUGUUGAGCGCCCAGCUGGUGUAGCCGCUCCAGAUAUGAAUCCACGUGAAGAAGUGCCAGUCGUACAGGAUGCCGAUGGCGUAGUACGAGACGACACGGUGAAUCAGAGCUCCCACGAAGCAGAUCAUGAGGCACUUAAGCUUCUUCAUGGCGUCAAGGCUACCGGCGGCGCCGGCGUGCAUGGAACGGAUAGUAAGGGCGACGGCGGUCGGCGUGGGGAACAUGAGCUUCAGCUCACGGGCGACCUGGACAAUGAAGAACUUGCGGAGAGGCGUUACGUAGAACAGUCCCACAAAGGAGCAAACCAGGGUGAUAGUGAAGAUGGCACCAAUGUCAUCCAUGGGCGAGUGGCCCUCGGGCAUCACACCGAGACGGUACAUGGCGGGGAUGGCGGCGACGAAGAUGCCGCCGGUACCACCCGCACCCGUCGCGACAGCCUGGACGAUGGAGUUUUCCUGCGGACCGAACAAACCGCCGAUGAUGGGAAUCUGCCCACCAGACUUUUCCAUAAACUUGAGGAUACCAUAACCGAAAAUGGCACCAAACAUGUUGGCGCUGAAGGUGAAGCCAGUUUUGAGACCUGAACAUGAUGAUUAACCAACAUGUCUGGAGAAGAGCAGACAAGAUCGCUCACCAAGGUACAAGUUGGAAGCAGCGACGAGAGAGCCCAGAAUGCAACCAACAACAACGGCUCUGAUGGUAAGCGGAUUCUCCUCAUAGGGAAUAUCGGCUUCCAUCUUCAGUGGCUUCCACAAAUCCUCCUCCUCCUCCUCGGCACCGUCGGAUCCAUGGUCCUUUUCUGAAUUCCCAACCGUCAGCUCCGUUUUGAGCUCAUUGGGACCCUCGAUGGGUGGUUGGCCUUCAGAGAAUGGGCGAAUGGUGCCCGAGGCCGUGCUGGUCUCGAGCGCCCUCUUCUCCUCGUCAGCCAUGGCGGGCGGUGUAGUGUGGUGUGGUGUAUGCUGUUGACCACUUCCCCCAGAGGCGAUCGGGGCAG